GUCUUUUAUAACCGCGCGCGCCUGUCCACUCUCGUCUCUUCUCCUGCUGGGUCGCCGAGCAUCAUCCCACCCACCAUGCCGCGAGCCAGAACUGGCCGCAACUUGCAACCGCGGCAACCUCCUCCGGCUGCUGCUCUUGAGAGUUGAGGGAGGGAGAGAGAGAGAGGCCGUGAGAGCUCCGGCUGCUGCCUUUUGCCUCCUCUGCUCUCCUAGGUUGGGAGAGUCUUCGCCAAGGGGAUAGCAAAAGAGAAAGUACUUGCAUACCCCAACAAGACAACAGCGCCUGCUUUUUGCCUUCUUUUCUCGCCCCCUCCCCCUCCUCUUUUGGCGGGGGUCCUCCUCUCCUCUCCGCGUCUCGCUCGCUCGUCUCUUGUUCAUUCACCACUCGACUUCGUUUCGUUGGAGUGCGAGGCAAGGAGGAGAUCGACUCGACUCGAGGGAGAGACUCGCUGGACCACCACCACCACCACCUAGCCCAGCAGCCAUGUGGGAUCUUAACGACUCGCCGGCCGCCGAGGCCACGCCGCCGUCCCCGUCCGCCGACGACUCCGGCGCGUCCUCCUCGUCCGCGGCCGCGCACGUCGAGAUACCCGACGACGCCGACGACGACUCUGCCGCCGCCGCCGCCGCGGACGCCGUGGUCACGCGCCAGUUCUUCCCGGCCCCGGCGGCGGCGGCGGGCGGGGGCUGGCUCCACCUGUCCGCCGCGGCCCCGCCGCCCGCCGCGGGCGCCAACGGCGCCACUCCCGCCAGCCCCGCGGGCGCCUCGGCGGCGUCCAAGAAGAGCCGGCGCGGGCCGCGGUCGCGCAGCUCGCAGUACCGCGGCGUCACGUUCUACCGCCGGACGGGGCGGUGGGAGUCGCACAUAUGGGAUUGCGGGAAGCAGGUCUAUUUGGGCGGAUUUGACACCGCUCACGCGGCGGCUCGGGCGUACGAUCGGGCGGCGAUCAAGUUCCGCGGCGUGGAGGCCGACAUCAAUUUCAGCUUGGAGGAUUACGACGACGACAUGAAGCAGCAGAUGGGCAACCUGAGCAAGGAGGAGUUCGUCCACGUGCUCCGGCGGCAGAGCACGGGGUUCCCCCGGGGCAGCUCCAAGUACAGAGGCGUCACGCUCCACAAGUGCGGGAGGUGGGAGACGCGCAUGGGCCAGUUCCUCGGCAAGAAGUACGUCUACUUGGGCCUGUUCGACACCGAGGAGGAAGCCGCCAGGGCGUACGACCGCGCGGCCAUCAAGUGCAACGGCAAGGAUGCGGUGACAAACUUCGAUCCCAGCAUUUACGCCGAGGAGAUCGAGCCGGCUGCGGCGAAGGGCGGCGACGAGCACAACCUCGACCUGUCGCUGGGGAGCUCGGCGGGGAGCAAGCGGGGCAGCCUUGACGGCGGCGACGACGAGACCUCGGACCAGCGCGUGCCCAUGGCGUUCGACCUCGACUGGCAGACGGCCGCGGCCCGGAGCACCAAGGCAAAGUUCGACGCGAGCUCGAAGCCACCCCAGAUGCCUCCUCCAGCCUUCCAAGCCGGUCACCACCUGGCGUUCGGCCCCAGGCAUCAUCAGCAAUUCCUGAGCAACGGCGGCGAUCCGGGGACAGCGGGCGGCCUGUCCCUGGCGAUCGGUGGCGCCGGCGGCGGGGGCGGCCACUGGCCUCCCCAUCCUCUGCUGCACGGCUGGGGCAACGGCGGCGGCACGAGCUGGCCUCUGCCGCUGCACCCGCCGCCGCCGAGCAACGCCGCCGCCGCCGCGACCGCAGCUGCAGCAUCAUCACGAUUCCCUCCCUACGUUACGACGCAAGGCCCGCCGGGCUGGGUUCGGCAGAACGGGUUCCACUCGCUGGCCAGACCCACCUAGAGGCAGUCUCAAGUCAAGAACACCGAGCGUUCGUGGAUCGUCUUCCACGGCAAAGACCAUCUGGCGACCCAAAGCCAAACGAUUCCUCGAGCCGCGGCGACGUUUACCGGAGACAACUGGACGCGAUUCUUUUCCCCUUCUCUUUCUUUUUUUCUUCCGGUAUUGCCCCUUCUUUCUCUCUGUUUCUUGAUUGGGUGAGAGACAUGGAUUCGAGGAUGGAUGGACAUGUAAAUGAGGAGUUCCCGAGACGGCGACGAGUGACUGGUAGGCGUCGCAUCAAGCAAGCAGUGUAUCUUUUCGCCGCUUUUUUUCACCAUGGGCCAGCACCCAUGGCACUGGGUGUCAACAUCACAGCUCAUUUUGUUUGGUCUCA